AGCAAAUCAAACCUCCACAUCUCCAUACCCAACCAAAAAAGGAAAAAGAAAAUGUCACUCAACCCCCUCCUCCUCUCUCUCCUCCUCCUCUCCGCCUCCACCAUCGCCUUUUCUGAUGAAGAUUGUGUAUACACUCUGUACAUAAGAACAGGGUUCAUCAUCAAAGGUGGCACGGACUCUAUCAUAAGCGUGAGACUAUAUGACAUGUAUGGUGACUACGUGGGCGUCUCCAAUAUUGAAGCAUGGGGAGGGUUAAUGGAGCCAGGCCACGACUACUUUGAGAGGGGCAAUCUGGACAUUUUCAGUGGGAGAGCACCAUGUUUGAGUUCACCUGCGUGCGCCUUGAACUUGACCUCUGAUGGGUCAGGCUCUGGCCAUGGCUGGUACGUUAACUACGUGGAGGUGACUACCACUGGGGUCCAUGCGACUUGUUCACAGAUGAAGUUUACUAUUGAGCAGUGGCUGGCUCUUGAUACUUCACCUUACGAGUUAACUGCUGUUAGGAAUUAUUGUGAUUAUUAUCGGGCUAAAAAAUCUGCUGCUUUAAGUUCUUCCAUGUGAAGGUGAGCUAUUUUUCGGAUGCUUUAACUAAGAGGCUUCUGUUACUUACUUUGCAUGUGGUAGGUGUGGAGUUGGAUAAAAAAAUCCUUGCUAUGUUGAUAAGAAAAAUGGUGUUUUAAUGUUGGCAUCGACAUAUAGUUGGAUUUGGAUUUAAUAAUUAUUUUUUCUAGUUAAUUAUAUUUGAUUCGAAUUAAUAUUCUUGCAUUCUUCAA